UUCGGGUCGAAGGAGCGCCGGGUGGGGGACCGUGCUUUCGUUUUAGUUGACAUCAGGGACAUCAAAGGAGUGCGGCAAACGAAAAUUUCCAAGGAUUUUGAACGAUGGAAUGAAGAAAGUAAACGCUACGAACCGUCAUGCUGCUUUGUAGUUUCGUACGGAAACGACUUCAGACUAAAGCAUUGGUCCAUCGUAGCAUGGACCGAGAAAGAGUGCGAAAUGUGGGUGAAUACCCUCAAAUUUCUUUCACUGCAAGAAAUCCAUGCCUUAUAUCCUGUUCAAAUGAAGCGGUGGUUGAUCAAAGAAUUCCGGGCUCUUGAAAAUUCACGAAAUGCAGUUUCUCUGCGUGACGUGAAGUCGUGGCUUCCACGCGUCAAUGUGAAACUUCCCACGUCCAAGUUGAGAGAAGCAUUCACGAGUGUGGACAACAGCAAGAAAGGAGAGAUUCUGUUUAACGAUUUUGCGGCUUUGUACAAAGUGUUAUUGUGCGACAAAAAUGUGUUCCAAAAUUGUUUUGGUUCGUGUUCAGCUGAUGGAACUAAGGUGAUUGCAGCCGAUUUUGGUGCUUUUCUCCAACGGCAAGAUAAUUCUUUGAUUGAUCCGGAUGAAGCGAAAUGUCUGGAUAUCAUGAAAGAUUAUGUGGAUGUUGGUAGAAGUUCAUGUGAUGGUUAUUUAACCGGCGAUGAGUUUAUGGAUUACCUGUACAGCAAGAACAAUUCCUUAUGGGAUCCUGUGAACAACUCCGUAUCUGAGGACAUGACUCGACCUUUGAGUCACUACUGGAUCGCUUCUUCACAUAACACAUAUUUGACUGGCGAUCAAUUCUCGAGUGAAUCUUCCGUGGAAGCCUAUGCGCGUUGUUUGCGGAUGGGCUGCAGAUGCGUGGAACUUGAUUGCUGGGAUGGACCCGAUGGACUUCCUCUUAUUUACCACGGCCACACAUUAACUACCAAGAUUAAGUUUCUGGAAGUUAUCCAAUGCAUCCGGGACAACGCUUUUAUUGCAUCCGAUUACCCCGUCAUUCUGUCAAUUGAGGAUCACUGCUCAUUGCCGCAACAGAGGAAGAUGGCGGCGGCUUUUCGCGAAGUAUUCGGAGAAUUGCUACUUACCCAGCCCCUGGAUAGGAAUGAGAAGGUGAUGCCGUCACCAGCGUCGUUGAAGAGGAAGAUUAUUUUGAAACAUAAGAAGCUCCCUGAAGACGACCUGGAUUCUUUCCCAUUGGUGCGAGCAGACGAAGGCUUGGGCGGAGAGUCAGAAACGAGCAGUUGGCAGAAAAAUGGUAUUCUUUGGCUGCAAGAUCCAAUAUGCGAACAAGAGUGGCGAAGACACUACUUCGUUCUCACCCAAAAUAAACUUUAUUAUACCACGGAACACCAGGAUACUUCGGCGGAAAUAGACGAGGAAGAAGACGAAGACGAGGAUUCUAGGAAACGAAAAGAUCGGACAAGUCGUGAUGAAUUACACUUCGGUGAAAAAUGGUUCCACGGGGCUCUUCCUGGAGGCAGGGCGGGUGCUGAAGCAUUACUUCAAGAACAUUCUCAUUUAGGCGAUGGAACUUUCUUGGUUAGGGAAUCUGCAACGUUUGUCGGCGACUAUACUUUGUCUUUCUGGCGUCAGGGUAAAGUGAAUCAUUGCAGAAUUAAAAAUCGAUUGGAGCAAGGAUGCAUCAAAUACUUCAUGAUUGACUCCGUCACGUUUGACAGCUUGUACAACCUUGUGACGUACUAUCGUGCAGUAUCUCGGUCAUCUGCAUUCAAUUGCCUUGAAUCGAAUCACACGUUCAACGUUCGACGCUUUACCAUGUUAAAAGCUGUAAUUCAAUUGAACCUUCGUGAUUCCUCCCAAUCAUCUAGAAAUAACCCGUUGAGGAGUCAAGAGUUCUGGAUUACGCUCAAAGAACCCGUCCCGCCACCCAGUCAGCACGAAUCUAGAGAAUGGUACCACGGAUCUCUCAGUAGAAAUCAGGCGGAAGACAUGCUGAAGAAAGUUCCUCAUGAUGGAGCUUUUCUAGUGAGGCCUUCUGAAACCGGCAUGGGAACUUUCGCUGUUUCUUUCGUCGUAUUGAAAAACUGGCUAGCCUUCUUUUUGACGCUUUCAUACAUCCACCGUUUUAGUGCUCAGAAGAAAAUCAAGCACUGUCGAGUGAAGCAAGAGGGACGCCUUUUCUCCAUCGGAAGUUCGCAGUUCGAAAGCCUUGUGGAGCUGGUUGAGUAUUACCAAGCAAAUGAUCUUUACAAGAAGGUCAAGCUAAAAAUUCCGGUUACUGACGAUCUCGUGAAGCGAAUGAAUUCGGACGCGAAAGAGAAUGCGGUAUAUGCAACGCCGGACCUGUACAUGGACCCCAUCACUUGCGCAGGCUCACGCGUGACUGUGAAAGCCACGUUUGAUUACAAAGCGCAACGAGAAGAUGAACUGAGCUUCUGCAAACACGCGGUCAUCACAAACGUGCAGAAAAAGGACGGCGGUUGGUGGCAGGGUGACUACGGUGGCAAGCGGCAGCACUGGUUCCCUGCAAACUAUGUGACGGAGGUAGAGGAUACUAAUGAUGAUGCUGGUGACUCUGUACUUGGUGACCUCCAACAAGGCUGUGUUGACAUCGUGGGAGCGAGUGUGAAAUUGCUUGAAUUGACAAACCCAUUGAUGGUAUCCGCUGGGGACGCGAUACAUCAAGAUUUAAAGUUGGAUUCUUGUAACGAAGUACUUAUUUUCAGGUUGAUCCGAAUUGAAUCUGCGUCAGCGGCGAGAGCGUUUGAGAUGGCAUCAGCAGACGCGGACGAGGCCAUGGACUGGGGUAAAAAAAUCACAGAAAUGGCCACGUUGUCCAACGAUCUCGCCCUCCAACACCGACAGAUGGAACGGAUCAAGCGCAUUGCCAAGGACCUGUCCAACCUCAUCAUUUAUUGUCGCUCAGUGGCCUUUUUGCCCGAUCGAAUCCAGGAAUGUGGACGGAACCACUCGGAAAUGUCGUCCUUUCCCGAGACAAAAGUGGAGAAGUGGCUUAGUCCCGCGAAUGUCAAAUUUUUCAUGUGGUACCACCAUGUUCAGUUCAGCCGGGUUUAUCCCAAGGGACAGCGAUUGGAUUCGUCAAAUUAUGAGCCAGUGAAAAUGUGGAACACAGGAGUUCAAAUGGUUGCGUUGAAUUAUCAAACUCCAGAUAGACCCAUGCAGCUGAACCAAGGAAAAUUCCUUCAGAACGGCGGCUGCGGUUACGUGUUGCGACCAUCAUUCAUGUUCGACGAGAACUACGAUCCCUACAAUAAAAGUACUUUGACGCCCGAUGUCAGUCCAGUGAUCUACACAAUUAGGAUUAUUUCGGGCCGACAUUUAAGCAAGUCGGGUCGUGGAGUCGUGAGUCCAUUCGUUGAGGUGGAAGUCAUUGGGGCAGAGUAUGACAGCGGAAGCAAGUUCGUCACCAAAACUGUCACGGAAAAUGGCUUAUCUCCUGUUUGGGACGAAAUUAGUGAAUUCACCGUUUUGUGUCCUCCGCUGGCAUUGUUGAGAUUUGUUGUUCAGAAUGAAGAUGUCUUCGGUGAACCGAAUUUCCUUGGUCAAGCUACUUUUCCAAUCACCUGCAUCCGUCCAGGAUUUCGUAGCGUUGAGUUGAAAAAUGCUUACAGUGAGGAGUUGGAACUUUCGGCAUUGCUGGUGCACGUAGACAUCACACACCCGAAGGAAGAAGAGGAAGAAAUACGAAAAUUACGAGACCAGUUGCCGAAGUUGAGGAAGGAGUUUGAAGAAUUCGAAAAGGACGGCAAGACAGCCGAAGCCACUAUGACUCGAGAUGAAUUUGCGCUAGUCGAACAGCGUUUAUUCAUGAUGAUGAGCGGGCGCAGGGAUCGCCUGAAUGCAACACAAAGUCGUUUGAUGCGUCGUUCCAGCUCUUCUACAAGUGCUUCCUCGGCCAAGUGAGAGUCAUGGAAAGAAGCCGAGGUUGGUGGAAGAAUGAACUCAAGUUUUUCGGGGUGUUACGAGAAAAGAUUGGAACUCAAGGAGGAUGCAGCAUAGGAACAAAGAACUCCAUUUUUUAUUCUUGAAGUUCUAGAUAGUCCUAAUUGAUGGAAAUGGUUCAGUUUCCAUGAACCAGUUGUUUUUUGAUAAUUGUCGGUGCUUGUGUGGAAUCUCAGUUUUUUUUUACGAGUUAAUUCUCGUCUUCCUCAACUUUCGUAAUUGAACUCAAAAUUCUAUUCAAGUGUGAAACAGUGCUCUUGAAUGCCGUGUCAGCAUUUGCCUACAACUUUCAGCCGUUUCUUCACGUGGUUUUCGCUGCUGACGAUGUUCGUUAUUUUCUGUGAAACGAUGUAUUUUUAGUGGCGAAUCCAACUUUUAUAACAGCGCAUCUAAUCAGCAGAAAUUAUUUCCCCAACAGUGGAUUUUGUGUGCUAUUUUUGUUACUGGUGAUUUUAUCUCAUUCCUGGAGAUUAUUUUACGAAAAUGUUAUCUUAUUUUCCCCAAGUUUCUCGAAAGGCAACUUUUAUGAGCGCAAGCUUCUUUGUUUGCUUGCUCCGAUUUGACCAGAGUGAGCUUCUCCGCAAGUAUUUUUACUUCAAUGAAGCAAGAUAAAAUGAUCUCGGGCAGAUUGAUAUUUGUUUCAUUCCUAUACAGUACUGAUUUUCUUGACGAUGAACACAAGGACAGUCCGAGUAUUUGCAGAGAUCUGAGCAGUCCGAGUAUUUGCAGAGAUCUGAGCAGUCCACUACUUUCACAGUGAAUCUAUGUACAGUACUUCAGAUGUUUUCCCGAAAGGGCCCAAGUGUUUUUUGCUCAGCACGCUUAUAUAUUAUGGACGUAAUUCUUGCUUAGACUACGACUUUUAUUAGCAGGCUGGACAGGCAAUGCAUGUUGCUGCUAGAAAUGCAGGGAAAUAGUAUGAAAAAGUAUUCUUGAAGUACAGUAAGUAAUUGCUCUGUAUUACUGGAUUUUUCAGAGUGAUAUUUUGAAUAUUUAUUUAAGUUUUGUUGUAAAACAGAUAAAGGAAAAUAUAUUUUGCCUUGAAGCGCCUGAGUACUGAGCAAGUGCACCGACUGAGUCAGCUGACACGUCGGUGCAAUUCCAGAUUCAGAAGAAAGGGUUUGCUAAAAAAUUCGCAUAAUUUCUGGUUGCAGCAAGCAACAAUGCACAAAAGUAGGCAGUAAUGAACUUCUGUUUUUAAUUUAUUCAUUACAAAUCUCUUGGCAUAGAAGUCAGAAAGUGUUGCCAGCGUGAAACUUUGUGAUAAUUAAUUUUUUAAAUGCACCAACGACUUCGAAUAAAAUGGAAUCUUGGAAUUCGGAAUAUUACGCGGAAUUCAGGGAUUUUCGAGCAGAUUCAUGCCAAAGAGCCGCGACAGAUAAUCAGAGGCGAAGAAAAAUGCGCAAUCUUUAUAUUGUAUAAGUUGCGAUUUUGAAGAAGUUUCUGAAUACUGUAUUUCAAUGAUUUCGCAGUUAAGUCUGUGAAAUUUUCGCAUUUUAAAAUGGAAAUAUUGAGUAAAUUUUACUUGAAAAAUUAGAGCAAAGCUCACGGGACUAGUUUCCCCAUAUGACGUACUGUUUCUCUCUUUCAUAUUGAAAUCAAGGAUCGCUAGAAAAAAGCGGCCUAGGUAGAUUCAAGAACCCGAUAAUAGAAUACUUGUGCCUAAAUUUAAAAUGGAAAAUACUGUACCCAACGUAGCCAGAGCGGUGUUAAUGAUGUGGUCUUUACCAAAGGGGAAACUCACUCCAGUCAAAUCAGAGCUGAACAAACAAGAUUUAGUUUCUCUCCGGAAAUACGUCCUUCUGGAAACAAGGAAAAUUGAUGAAAUUUAUGCCAGCUGUGCUUGAGCAACAAACCAUUGAUGUGCUUGGCUGAAAAGCAGAAAUGCAUGCAUUCAAUGAAAAAAUAAAUUUUGUCUCUUGUUUUUUGCGAGGAAAAAUGAUCAAAGGCUAUGAAAUGUAUGAGGUUGAUAUUC